UGAGGCCCAAUUAGUUAUCCUGUGAAGAAAUUAAAAUUAGGUCAAUCGGAUCCCUCUCGCUCCCACUAAUAAACUUUUCAAAUAAUUAAACCCACACAUGACCAUGGCGGAAGCCACUGCAUCGGAACUGGAAAUCGUCGAGCCCACCACCACUGACGCCGCCGCCGCAGACGUGGCUGUCGACGGCGUUGAAUCAAACCUGAAGCGGACUAGAGAGGACAGCGAUGACGAAGAAGACGGUGUUUCGAAGAAGCAGAAGGUGGAUGCAGAAGAAAAGAAAGCAUCAGGUCCCGUGAAAUUGGGUUUCAAAAGCUUCGCCUCUUCCGUGGAAAUGUUCGAUUACUUCUACAAUCUCCUUCAUGCUUGGCCCGCUUAUCUCAAUCUUAACCAGUAUGAACAUAUGAUGCUACUGGAGUUGCUUAAGAACGGUCACACAGAACCUGAUACUAAGAUUGGAGGAGGAAUCCGUGUUUUUCAAGUCCGCAAGCACCCUAUGUGGAAAAGUAGGUGCUUCUUCCUCGUCAGGGACGAUGAAUCUGUCGAUGAUUUUAGCUUCCGUAAAUGUGUGGAUCAUAUUCUUCCCUUGCCACAAGAGAUGCAAGUGAGACCUGAUGCUAACAGGGCAUUAGGUGGAGCAAAAAAACAUCAUAGAGGAAAGGGUGGUGGUGGAGGAAGAGGUGGACAUGGCCACGGGAAAAAUGGAGGAUCUAAACAUUGAGUACAGUGGUGACUGCAUGCUGGAGUGCUGGUCUUUCUUGUGUUUUAAGAUCUAAACGUUUUAUGUAUUCUUGACAGUAGCUUAUUUCAUGAAUCUAAAUCUCAUCGACCCCACCCUCACACACAGCACAACAUUAGCCCGCAUGACCUGCAAAGUUUCUUUAUGUAAUUAUUUUGAGUUUUGAGAGAAGUAAUUAGCAUUUUCCUUUACUAAUUGCAAGGCAUCUGUGUAAGCUAAACACACAAGCGUGUAAAGUAUUGUAUUUCUAUAUCCGCGUUGUAUUAUGCCGUGUCUUACUAAGUAUCCAAGCUUCACAGUUGCUCUUAAUA